AUGGCAAACCCCGAGGGUCAAGUACCAGGAUUGAAUUCAAUGGAGGUGGUCCUCGGAUACAGGGUGAUCAAAUGCGAUCCUCAGCUCUCCCUAGACUUCCUCCAAACCGCUGUUGGCAAGAUCCAGAACGUCAAGGAAGAUUUGGAGCUCAAACUAAUCCCGGCCAUGGAUUACCAAAUCGAACAUGGAGAUCGAAGCCAACAGCUGAUUCUAUACCUGCAAGCACAUAACCGCAAUAUUCCCGCUGGAGCAUCAUAUAAACGGCGACUCCGCAAGCGAACAGUGUGUCCUUGCCUUCUCCAUAUCUCGGAGGGGAGCAUCGAGCCCCUAGGAAAAGUGGCCAACAAAUUUGAAUUGGGCGUAAGGAAAGCGCAACUGAAGAUAUUCCGCUCUGCGAAUCCCGCGGAUGACGCCAACGAGUUCCUAUCGGGUAUGCAACUGGACGACGCCGGUUCUGCCAAAAACGUUGGCGCUCACGAGCAGCCCCCGGAAGUGCAGCUUGACGACGCCAAUACCGUGUAA